AUGGUGCUGCUGAGUGCAUCAGUGUGUGGGCUGAGGAGACUGGUAGCCAUGUGUGCAGCGUAUGCCGCCUCGCAUGGACUAGUCUACAAUGUCAAAAAAAGUGUGGUCAUGGUCUUUGAGGACGGAAGUAGACGCUGGUCGAAUAUGCCCUCUGUAUCUAUUAAUAACUGCGUGUUACAGAGGGUUUGCGCGCUGUACGAGGUCGGUAAAGAUUACUCUUUUCAGAGCAGAGAGAGCACGACCUUCUACACGUGCAGCCUGUGGAACACAUACACGCUUAGGGCCUACAACGCUCUUCGUGUCCAGUUUAACAACGCAUUCAGAAUGCUGUUGGGGCUUCCCCGCUACUGCAGCGCUUCGGGGAUGUUUGCUGAGGCACGCGUGGAUUGCUUCUACGCCACUAUGCGCAAACGAUGCGCGUCUUUAGUGCGAAGAGUGAGGGGGAGUACCAACAGCAUUCUUGCUAUGAUAGCUAGUCGACUCGAUUGUCUAUAUGUGCGUCACUGCUGUGCCAUAUCUAACGGUAUGGAGCAGAGGUGA